AUGCGAGGUGAGGUUGGCAUUCGGUAUGACCGUCCUAUCCGUCCAGGGUUCGGUACCCUCGGAGAACCGGUCACACUGGUUGCCAACUUCUUCGCAGUGAAGAUCUUAAAGUCACUUAUUUAUACGUAUCGUGUCAAAGUGGAACCAACCAGGAACGCCAAAGACGUUCAGCGUCGUCUCCUGCUGCUACUCGAGCAGAGUAAUAACCAGGCUUGGCAAAGUGUCAAGUCCUUCGUGGCAUUCGAUGGAAGGGAGACGCUGGUAUCUACCAAGGAGCUGCCCCAGCCUAUGCAGAUUUCUGUGAGGUUCUUCGAGGAAGGACAGACGCUUGGUCCCAACUUGCCAGAAUAUACCGUCUCUCUCGAAUUACUCCGUAAAUUGGAUAUUAGCAAAUUCAAGCAAUAUUUGCACUGUGACGUCGAUAUCAAUGAUAACUACGACAUUUCCCCGCUCAUAUCUGCAUACAACAUCGUUCUUCAGCAACAUGCAUCGUCGACCGCAAUCCGAGUAGGAAACAGUCGCUACUUUCGGGCAAAUGAGCUCUCGCCUGGGCUUACCGGCUUGGAGGCAUUCAGAGGCUUCUUCUUGUCCGCAAGGCCCGUUUUCGGAGAGUUGAUGAUCAAUGUUGGUGUAUGUAUGACACCGUUCUACAAGCACGCACGAUUGGAUUCAGCAUAUGAAGAAUUUGCGGGUCUUUCCAAGGGCGCAACUCUGCAGCGGUUUGCUCAGAAUGUCAAAGUGACCACCACGUAUCUCGGUUACACCAAGCGCCGCACGUUGUUACGGAUCACACCGUUGUCCGCAGAGAAAACCACAUUUGUGAAGGAUGGACGUCAAGUUUCAGUCGCCGAGCAUUUUCAGAAUGCACACGAUAUAUUACUGAAACGUCCAGAUCUCCCAGUCGCUGACCUCGGGACAGCGGGAAGGUCGAAUUAUGUUCCACUGGAGCUGUGUGUGAUUGAAUCACAGCCAUUCAGAGGUCUUCUUAACGAUAGAGAGACCACGAACAUGCUGAAUCAUGCAUGCAAGCCGCCGGCUGCUAACUUCGACGAAAUAAUCAGCAAAGGACUGCCCUCGCUUGCUUUGACUGAACCUAAGGCAAGCAUUCUAGAUGAGUUUGGCAUAUCGAUCAGCAAAACGAUGACCGACGUUCCUGGACGAGAGCUCCCUCCGCCCAAACGUCUACAAUACCAUUCCGGUUCUCCUUCCGUGCAGCCGGCAAAAGGGAGUUGGAACCUCACGAAUGUGAAAUUCCACACUGGAGCUUCCGUUACCAAAUGGGCAGUUGUAGUCUUGUCUGAUGGGUAUUCCAAUCCCAGUGAUGAAGACGUGUCCAAAGUGUGGACAGGGUUCAGAGAAGGUUGUAAGAGGUCAGGAAUGGCGUUCGCAAACCAAGCCCCGACUGUUGCAAUGCCCCAAUUGCCCCGACUGUUUCAGGACAAUGAUCGGUCGAAGGGUUUAAUGGAAAUCAAGCGCACGAUCCAGAACCUUGUCAGGAAUAAUCCAAUGUUUCUACUGGUCCUCCUACCUUUCCGUGACACGAAGUUAUACCCCGGUGUCAAACGCAUCUGUGAUGUCGAGCUCGGGAUACAUUCUGUCACGAUUGUCCUGAACAAGGUCCUGAAAAACAAGGGCCCACAGCAGUACUAUGCCAACGUCGCCCUGAAGCUCAACCAGAAACUCGGGGGCAUUAAUCAUAUGCUCGACGUUGAAAGCACGCGCUGGCUCACUACGAAGAGCACGAUGCUCGUGGGCAUGGAUGUUACCCACCCUGGACCUGGCAGCAAGCCAGGCACUCCAUCCAUCGCUGCAGUCAUCGCCACUAUUGAUGAGUCUUUCGCGCAAUGCCCUGCAAGUUUGAGGUGCCAGAAGUCAAAGAAAGAGAUGAUAGACGACUUGACGGAGAUGAUGCUAGAGCGACUGAGAGCGUACAAGAAGAGGAGUGGUUCCCUCCCAGAGAGGAUAAUCGUCUACAGAGAUGGCGUCUCAGAGGGUCAAUUCGACACAGUGCUCGAGCGAGGCUCUGAGAAGGACAAGAUUCUCGAUGCCUUCAAGGCCAUCCACAAAGAAACCAAGGAUCUUGUCGAGUACCGGCCCCACCUCAGUAUUAUCAUUUGUGGGAAACGGCACCACGCUCGCUUCAGGCCGAAAGACCAGAAGAAUCAGAGCCGAAACGGAAACACACGCCCUGGAACAGUCGUCGAUAGACGCAUCACUGCCAUUUAUGAUUUCGACUUUUAUCUGCAAGCUCAUGAUGGGAUCAAGGGCCAUGCGCGACCUACUCACUACACAGUUAUCUACGACGAGAGUGGUUUUAGUGCCGAUGUUAUACAGCAGGGCACACACACUGCGAGUUACUUAUAUGCCCGCGCCACCAAGGCGGUGAGCCUUGUACCCCUUGCGUAUUAUGCUGACCUGGCAUGCGAGCGGGCGCGGUGUUACCUUGAUGGAUUCUUAAACUCGGAGCAGCUUUCUGCACCUAGUCGGAAGGGAGAGGGUAAAGGUAAAGGUAAAGACGAAAGGGAGGCUGCCGAGCAACGUGUUUAUGACGCUGCUCUUCAAGCAUGGGGCCAAGGCGUUCAUAACAAUCUGAAGGAGACGAUGUUUUAUAUCUGA